GCAGAUAAUAUAUUUAAUCAAAUUAGGAACAGCACUAAUCCAGUGCUCUCCCCAGAAAUUGUAAAAAAGGUGCUACAGGAGCAGGUUCUGAAUGUUGAAGUAAUGAAUGCAGAUCAGCCUGUAUCUAGUGGCAACACAGUGCUGAACAAGACUGAAACAUUGGUGUCUACAUUGGUGAAACCAACAGAAACCACUGACUCAGUUAAGAUCUCUCUAAAUGACUUGGAAAUCCAAGUCUUUGCAGUUGGACCAAGAGCCUUCUUGAAAGAAAACCCUAUGCUCAGCAUAAACAACACACAGAUGGACAUCGAUCUUAUUGGCAUUUCCCAAAACAACAAUGGAUCAGCUGCUGUGGCCUUCAUGAGCUAUACCAAUAUGGUGGACAUGCUGAGUCCCAAGCUCUUCAACCCAAACAAGAAAACAGUGAAAAUCAUGAUGUCCACUGUGGUGUCAGCAACACUACCCAAAACCAUCAACACACAGCUCCCCACACCAGUCAACUUCACCAUAAAACAUAUAAAUGAACUUCCCCCUAACAGUACCCUCUUCUGUGUCUACUGGAAUCACUCUGAAUGGAUUGUCGAUGGCUGUUAUCUUCUCCAGACCAACAUUAGCCACUCUGUGUGCUCCUGUUUUCAUCUAUCAACCUUCGCUCUCAUCAUGCAGCUCAACCCACCCACAGGAGAUGAUAGUGAUCCUGUGAUGGACCUGAUUAACAUCAUAGCUGUGGCAGUGGGGCUUCUCUUCCUGAGCUUGACCCUGUUGACUUUUGCCAUUUGUCGGCGGAACCCCAGAGUGACCAACACAGCUCUGACCAACCUGUGCAUAAGCCUGUUACUGGCUCACCUCCUCUUUCUGCUCACACAGAUAUUCCUGCAGUACAUACAACCUCAGCAUUUGUUAUGUGCAGUGCUGGCAGGUGUUCUGCACUUCCUCUUUCUCUCUGCUUUUGUGUGGAUGUUCAUUCAAGCUGUGUUGCUCUUCAUCUCAGUGAAGAACCUCACAAAGAUCAGAUCAAAGCAGAAGGAGGUGCUUAGCUGGAAAUUUCUGAUUGUGAUUGGAUACGUCAUUCCUCUCAUUAUAGUAGGCGUGUCUGUUGGACUGUUUUCUGAUGGAUAUGGCAGUGAACAGUGCUGGCUUAAGACAGACAAUGGCUUUUUGUGGAGUUUUCUGGGACCUGUUUGUGCCAUUCUUGCAGCAAACAUGAUUCUCUUCGUCAGCAUCUUAGUCAUCAUAAUCUCCACUCUGAAAAGUAUGAAAAGUGAAAUUACGAAAAUAAAAAAGGCUAAAAAUGAGCAGCACCUCGUCAAAAGUGUGAUCCUGAAAACCAUGGUCCAGUUUUACAUUGUUGGCUCCUCCUGGAUUCUGGGUUUCUUCACAGACUACAAUAAGAUGUUGAAGGUGGUGUUCCUGUUCUUCAACUCCCAGCAGGGCACCUUCAUCUUCUUCAUCCAUUGUGCCUUCAACCAAGAGGUGAGGCAGCUGUAUAAGAAGUGGUGGCAAGCUCUUUCAGCUGCCUGUAGACCACAUACUAAAAAAAAAUGGAUCAUUCAACACUGAAGUGAAAGAUAUU